UGGUGGGGGUGUGGGGGCGAAUGAAAUUAUAUAAAUAUGUGCCUUGUCAUUCUUGUGUGUUUCUGACCUCCCCUGGACCAGCCCUGUCUGUCUCUAUCUCUCUGUAUCUAUAUAUUUCCUCUCAGUUCUAGUCCAGUCACCAGCCCAGCAUGUUGUUCACCAAGACGUCUUGUUUCCGUGCCGUGAAGCUCAUGCCCAGCGCGGCUGGUGGUCGCAGGACAUUCUGGGGAUGGCUGAAUGCGGUUUUUAACAUCGUGGAUCCCGACCGCAUAAAGGCUGUCGGCCCCGACAUCGCAGCAGCUGAAUGGUUGCUUCGCUGUGGGGCUGGGGUACGUUACAAAAACUUUGAAACUUGGCACUACGAUUACAAUAAUCAACCAAUCGGCCCCUUGAAAACAUUCAAAAUCGAAGCAAUCGAUGCCACUGAUUCAUGCAUCAUGGCGAAAGGAUUUGACUACCUAGAAUAUUUAGAACAUGUUAAAGAAAUUAAAUUCCAGAAGUGUAUGUAUAUUCAAGAUGAAUGUAUCGUGAGAUUAUGCAACAUACAAAAUAUUCAAAAGAGCCUGCUGCGGCUGGAAAUUAUUUCCUGUGGGAAUGUCACAGACAAGGGAAUCCUAGCUAUAAACCACCUAAAGAACUUGAACUAUUUGUUUCUGAGUGAUCUUCCUGGGAUCAGAGAAAAAGAAAAAACCAUUCAGAUACUGAAAACAGCCCUACCUGCUUGUGAAGUGAAGGUUGAUCUUGCCUAAGGCUACAGUUUAGAGAUUUGCUGUAUACUGAUAUAACAUUUAAAUGCUGGCCCACUAUAUGAAUAAAAAAAUGACAAUUAAGAGUGCAAAUCAACAUGUAUGCAGUAACUUUAUACAAUGAAAUUAGCUAUGUUUCAGCCAUAAAUCUGUCUCACAAAGUAAAAAUUAAGAUGCUCUAACCUUACUAAAAUUGAAGUUGGAAAUAGAAGUUGAUUUAGGUAUCAGAAAAUAUCAUGUACGCUCUUUGAAUUAAGAUUAUAACAGUGGAAAGAUGUUAAGUGCUUUGAACUGUAUUUAUAAACCAUGAUCAAAGCC